UUGAGAGCCGCUCCGCUUGAAUAACACGCUUAGACGUCUCAUCCCGAUCGUAGAGCGAUGGUGGGCUCGUGCAACGUAUUGGAGCCAGAUGCGAUAUUCGAUCUAUUCGGUAAACAUGACAACAACCAAACGUCUUAAAAUUGUUAGAAACCGAACAGAAAAAUAGGAUUACCGAUCUGGCUGAGUCGCGGACUAGGUCGCUCUCUUUAAGACGUUCACGGCACUGCCUUCGUUGCGCACGGCAGACUAUCAGCCGGUCGCCUCCAGGAUAAAACAGCCAUUCUUAUUUUGUUGCUCAUCGGUUCUGUGCGAAAACCGGAGCUCUAUGAACUCACUCUCUAUCUCGUGUUUCUGCUCUCUGAGGUGUGUUUAGAGGGUCUAGGGGUCUGCUAUUUAUAGGAGCAGAAAACCUAGAAUAUUCCCUCUUUCUUUGGGAAUAAGCCACAUUUUAAUUAGGAAGAUAAUUACUUCCAUAAUUAAAAUAUAUUAUAUUAUAUUAAAAUAAUUAAUCCUAAUUAUCUCCAUAAUAUUCUUUUUAUUAAUUAUCCUUCCUAUUUUCGUAUCUAGAAAGAAUACGGGAUAAUUAAUUCAAUAUAGCUUUCAAAGCUAUUCAUUCCCAACAACCCUAGCCUUGGUUAAUUACAGUUUGAUACUCUAACUUCUAAUACUUUCCUCUAUUCGCUCGGAUCCCGGCCUAAUUAGCUCGUUUCUCCGUCUCUUCGCCCUCUCGAAAACCAAACUCCCUCGGCUCGGCUCGCCUCUUCUCCCCACGGAAACACGUACCACCACCAUCGUCUCUUCUCCCCGAUCGAGCACAGUCCACGACGAAAUGCAAAUGGUGGUUCCUGCGUAUUAAUUAUCACAUUGACCUUGGAUUAGAGCUGCUAUAUAUAUAUCUCCACCGGCUGGAGAGCUCGUGGUCGAGAAUUUUCGGACAGGUGUGUCAGUCCAUAAAAAUAAAAUAAUAAUACGAAUGAAAGGUGUGUCAGUCCAUAAAAAUAAAAUAAUAAUACGAAUGAAAUGUAACUUAUAGAGUAGGUAGUUUCAUUGUUCUUCACUGCUUAUGAUUACAACAUAUGUGUCAAUUACAACUUUUGGAGGUGCGUGGUCAGCAAGGAUCGAGUUUUUCGUACCUGAAAAGCACGCCGGUACUUUGAAUUUCACCCCAGUACACAAACAACGUACACCGAAUUAAUUCGUAUGUAUAAAUUCAUUUGAUAAACGGUUAAGAGUUUCUAAUUAUUGAUCAACAUCGCAUCGGGAUGCAACGUCAAACCCCGGCCGGCAAGAUACUUGUAUAACAAUGACGAAGUCACAUUUGGAACAUACAAACAAACACCGCCUCAUCACUCUUCUCUCGUCGCAAACCCCGGCAAGAUAAUUAAUUGUACUUAUUGUUGUGCCGGAAUUCCAAUUCAUCCGAAUAACGUAACAAACAUCAUUAAUUAUUAACUACUGAUUACUAUAUACCAAGAUAUCCAAAAUCCUGAGCUCUCUUGAUCAAUGUUGUAUAUAAGCAGCAGCUACCUACCACUUAAGCUUCAAGAACACCCAGCUAGCUAGCCAUGGCGAUGAUGAUGAUGAUGAUGAUGAUCAUGCCCAACAAUAAUACUAUCACCAAGUUGGCCAUCUUGCUUCCCUCCAUCUUAUGCAUGCUUGCAUCCCUUCUGCCAGCUUCAAGCGAAUCGGCGAGAACGAUUACUGCUCCAACAAUCGCUUCCAACGAUUCUAACCUCAUGAUAUAUCAUGGUCAGACGAUCAAUCUCAGUAACAGAUCAGGGACACCACUACUGCCUGUCGCAGGCCGACGACAACCUCGUACAACUUCCAGCAGCAGCAGCAGCAAUAAUAAUAAUAAUAAUAAUAAUAAUAAUAAUAAUAAUAAUAAUAAUAAUAAUAAUGCUUCCGUUCAGACAGACUGUGGUGAAGAAGGUGGCAGUUGCACCUACGAAAACUGCCUUCAGCUUUACCCUAAUGGGUGUGAUGACCCUUCCGUAUACUACGUGGAUUGCGACUGUGACAUCGACGAUUGCAGUUGCUUCUUUGCUUUAUAGAGCCGUACGUUUUCCUUGCUCUUCUAAGAUAAUGAGUCCAGGUCCAGGAACAGUGUGCGAGCAAGCUUGUGGCCGGGAGGAGCUAGCAAGGUUUAGUCAAAGAAUGAAUAAUUGUUGUUGUAACUGAAUUAUCUAUGAGAUUAUUGGCUUUUUAAUUACUGUAAUAACUAAUACGCGUCUUAUCCAACAAAAAUGGUUACGAUGUCAAAUAUAUGUGUUGUUUUCUGUUUUCGGCACACUCAAAUUUUUUUUUAGUAUACAUGUUUAUUUAUUUAUUAUUAUUAGUAUUAUUAUUAUCGAUCACGUGAAACAAAUGGUUAAUCAUGGACGGUUUGGUUAUUGGUGAUGUGAUUCGUAUAAAAAUUGUUAAUUACACUAACAGCACUACAUAAGUUUUUCAUAAUAAUUACGAUAAUAAGUAAAAUUUAUUGAGCGAUAGUCAUUUCUUAUGUAUCAAUUAAACAAACAUAUUUUUUUUUUAAAUUGUUGGCUACAAUAUUCGAACAUAAGUUGUGGUGGAUAUUUGCAUCCCCAUAUUGUCUUGCUUUUAUUGUUAGAUCCCAUAUUAAGGAAGUUUUUACGCUAUAAAUGCAUUAUGUAAAACUUAUGGGGAUAUUUAUUUCUUAUUUAUUGAUUAAAAAAAUACAUGGAUAAGUCUUUCAUAAUAAUUAAGAUACUACAUAAAACUUAUAGAGGGAUAGUCAUUUAAACAAACAUUUUUUUGGGUGGUUGUUGGCUCCAAGAUUUAAGUGUAAGGUGUACUAGAUGUUCUCAAUUCCAUAUUACCAUUAGGCCAACCUCUUGGGUUUAAUUAAAGAAACAUAUUACGAAACUCUUGUUAGAGAGUGGUAUAAGAUCCAACAUAACCUUCUCCCAACAAAUCGAGUUAUUGAAACCAACUGCUUCAUGACAUGGUAUCAGAGCUGGUUUGGCCAAGUGGUCAUGUGUUCGAAUCUCUACGACCCCCAAUAUUAAUAGUUGAUUAAAACACAAGGUAUGGUGGGCCUGUGCAAACUUCAAGCCCAUGAGUUGGCUUUCGUUUGAGGGGACGUGUUAGAGAGUGGUAUAAGAUCCAACAUAACAGUCUCCAAACAACUCGAGUUAUUGGGAGCAACUGGUUUAUGACAACUCUUCUUCUGUAAUAUAACUUUGAACAAAUAUUCCUUUAUGAUUAAUUAAACAGCUGGCCAUUAAUUUUGCAUUACACGAAAAAAUUAAGCUCAAUAUUUUUUUAAACAUAAUAGUUUAAUCCAAUGUUACAUUUUGUAACUUAGUUACUUUUUGAUUAACUAAAUACAUUUAUUAUUAACUAAAAUUACAACCAUCUCAUAAAUUUGCAUUAUGUAAAGGUUUCGUAAGGUAAGGUAAGUUCUCCCUAAUAGUUUGAUCAAAUGUGAUAAUUUUUCAUUAUUUGAUUUUGUUGUUAUAUCACACUUUACAUAAUAUUUUCAUAACAUUAUUCCAUAACAGUAGCAUAAAUGAAAAAUUGCAAUAUGUAAAGUCAUAAAGGUAUAUGUAUCAAUUAAGUAACCGCAUUACAUAAGUAUUUCAUAAUGAUUAAGACACUGCGUAAAGUUUAUGGUUGUAUCUUACCCGAUGUAUUUUGUGAAUCAUUUUAUUUCAACUAAUUGUAAAUGAAUAGAUAAUUUUUUUUUAAAUAUAAUGAGUUUCUAACCGCGACAAAAUGCGGGCCAAAAAACAACUGCUAUAACUUAUAUAUAUAGAGUAUUAUGUAAUUUCAUUGUUUUUCAGUUCCAUCAAUUGCAACAAAUGUGUCAAUUACAACUUUGCGAGGUGCGUAAGAUAUCCAGCUAGUCAGCAAGGAUCGAGUUCCGUACCUGACCGGUACUUUGAAUUCACUCUUAGGUAUAGAACAAACAACACAAAAUUAAUUCGUAUGCAUCCGAUCGACAACAUUAAUUCGUAAAUUCAUUUGAUACACCGUACGUUAUGAUCCGUUUCUAAGUAUCAUUGGAACAUACAAUACAAACACCGCCUCAAUUCUCUCGUUGCAAACCCCGGCAGCAGGCCGGCAAGAGACUUGUAUAACAACGACGACGAAGUCACAUUGGAACAUACAAAUACAAAUUACACCGCUUCUUCUCUCGUUACAAACCUCGGCAAGAUACACAUAUCUCAUAGAGACAUAUGUAUCUUGUUGCACAUUAGCACUACUUAUGUUCUGUGCCGGAAUUCCACUUCAUUCGAAUGACAGCAUUAUUAUUAAUGAAUUAUUUUAUACGAUGAGUUUCCAAAUUCUGAGUGUUAUAUAUAAGCAGCAGCUACCUACGUAAACUUCAAGAAAGCCCACCAGCCAUGGCGAUGAUGAUGAACAUGCCCAAUAAUAUCACCAAGUUGGCCAUUUUGCUUCCCUUCAUCUUAUGCAUGCUUGCAGCCCUUCUGCCUUCGAGCGAAUCGGCGAGAACGAUUACUGCUCCAACAAUGGCUAAUUCCAACGAUUCUAGCCUCAUAAAUCAUGGCCAGAUGAUCAAUCUCAGGUACGAAACUCGCUCGAAUCCUAGCUAGCUUACCUAGGAUUAUCUCCGACGCACCUCUAAAAAUUGUAAUUACGAUAAUAAUGAAAUUAUGUACUCUAUAAAUUAUAUUUUAUUUGUGUCUAUUUUUAUUUUUAUUUUUAUGGCAACUUUAAUUCAAGGUCAGUGUAAUAAUAUACGCAGGAAUAAUCACCAUUUGUACCGACCGGCUAACGAUAACAGAGCAACAUUACCUGUCGCCGGCCGGUCUUAUAAAACUUCCGACGAUUCUCCUUUUCAGACGAACUGUAAUGGUGGUUGCACCUACACCAAUUGCAUUGAUAGUUACGGCUCCGGUUGGUGUGGUAAAGAUUACUACAUGGAUUGCGAGUGUCCAACAAAUUCUUGCCAGUGUUUUUUGCGUUAAUUAUAAUUAAUACGCGUUUUGGGGUCAGUCUUGUAAUCGAGUCGUUGUAACGCAUACUAAGUUGGAGUCAGUCUUGUAAUCGCGAGUCAUUGUACCGUAUAUUCGGUUGAAAUCAGUCUUUGUAAUCGAGUUCCUCUUAUAAAGAAUGACUAAUUUUUUGCCUAGAAUAACGAGGUAAUCGUAAU